UGGGCCUAUUAAAACCCGGCCCAAUUGCCCUUCCCCUAGGUUUCUCCAUAAUUAGGGUUUUCAUUUCGCCUAUAAAACGAAGCGCUAAAGCUAACCCUAAACUCCUCAUCCUGAACUCGCAAAGCCACGCAAUCCACGCUCUUCUCCACGCAGAAGCAGCAAUCAUGGUGAAAUACUCGAAAGAGCCGGACAAUCCCACCAAGUCUUGCAAAGCUAGGGGCUCCGAUCUCAGAGUUCAUUUCAAGAACACAAGGGAGACAGCGCAUGCCAUCAGGAAGCUACCUUUGACCAAGGCUAAAAGGUAUUUAGAAGAUGUUCUGGCUCACAAGCAGGCUAUUCCCUUUACACGCUUUUGUCGGGGUGUGGGUCGAACUGCCCAGGCAAAGAACAGACAUUCUAAUGGACAAGGACGCUGGCCUGUCAAAUCUGCAGGCUUCAUACUUGACUUGCUAAAAAAUGCUGAGAGUAAUGCCGAGGUGAAAGGUUUGGAUGUGGAUACACUUUACAUAUCUCACAUUCAGGUGAAUCAGGCACAGAAGCAGAGACGCCGCACAUACCGUGCUCAUGGAAGAAUAAACCCUUACAUGUCUUCCCCUUGCCAUAUUGAGUUAAUCUUGUCCGAGAAGGAAGAGCCAGUAAAAAAGGAGCCUGAGUCUCAGUUGACAACUAGCAAAUCCAGGAAGUCUCAAGCUCUGCGAAGUGGUGCAUCCUCUUAAACAGCUUUGAUAGAACCAGCAGAGUUUAAGAAGUUUUAUUGUCUCUUUCUAUGCAUUUCUAUUGUCUCUCAGUACUGUUUUCCAUUUUUCAUUAUUGAUCUUUUACUUGAGAGGAUAUAUGUAUGGCUUGUUUUGUUGCAACCAAAAUGCUAUUUAGUCAAAUUGCAUUUUGUUUGGAGAUUUCUUGAUAAAACAUAGUUGAUUUCUUUUUUGAAUGUCACUUCUGAUGGAUGCAUGGGCAAUGGGGAAUGGAAAAUUUUCGGAGUUAUUUUGGUUAUGAUUUGAUGUAAGCGUGGAAAAAUUAUCAAGUCAACACCAUUCCUUCUUUGUUGGAAGAUUGCA